GAAUGUCAUAAAGCUGCAGAGCACCCACCUGAGUGGAAGCUACACAGAAGGUUUUAUUUUCUGCAUUUUCUCCAAACUGGAACACAUGUUGAUCUUUAGAGAAGGGAACAUGAUUUAAAGGAAAUCACGUCACACAUUGGGCUAAGGUCUAAGGGAAAGUGUUUUUACUAUUCGCAAAGAAACAACUUAAGAGUGAUAAAACCAGUAAGUUACCGUCGCGCACACCCCGUUCCAGUGCGCGGCAGCACUGCACCCAAACCUCUCCCUACUCGGUGGACGAAGAAGCGGACUUCCGUUACCUGUUUGAAGCCGCGCUGCAGCAGCAUCUCAUCACAAUGCCCAAAUCAAAGGAAGUGCUGUCCUCCACAUCUGGAAGUGACUCUGACAGUGAAGUAGAGACAAAGGCAAAGAGAAAAAAGUCAACGACACCCGAGAAACCAGCCAAGAAAGCCAAGAGUGGAGAGAGUUCAAAGCCGAGCAGCUCGGCCAAGAGCAGCGGGAACGGCAGCGACAACAUGUUCCAGAUCGGUAAGAUGAGGUACGUCAGCGUUAGAGACUUCAAGGGUAAAGUCCUGAUUGACAUCAGAGAGUACUGGAUGAACCCGGAUGGAGAGAUGAAGCCGGGCAAGAAAGGAAUCUCCUUGAACCCAGAACAAUGGAACCAGCUGAAGGACCAGAUUGCUGAAAUCGAUGACGCAGUUAAAAGAAUAUAAACAUCCCUCUGAGUGAAGAGCUACUUGGAUGUGUUUGUUAGUUUUGUAAAAACCCUUGGGUGUUCUUUUCUUUUGUGAUUUUUGUAGUUUGCUGAUUUAGUUUGUGUGUAGAAGUAGUUUCUGACCCGUUUUAUUCGGUGGUUGGUGAGAACACCUGGUGUAUGUAGUGAAGUUUUAGUAUUGGAUAAUAAAACCAUGCACAAGCUC